UAGACUUUUUUUUAUACACUUUCGUCUCCUUUGUUUGCAAAUUACUAACAGGCAUAAUAGAUAUUCAGACCUUACGGUAUAUUCAUCUUAAAAAGGUUAAACUACAAUUCAACAAUAAUAAGAGUCAGUAUUGCUUACUGAAAUCUUAUAGGUUGAAUUUGUUAUAUAUUGGUAUUUUGAGCAGAAAUAGCCAUGAAAAUCGGACAAAUUUGCUUGCUUCUUUUCCUUUUUAAGAAUGUUUACGGAAGUACUGCUCCACCACCGCCGCCUGUGUUGGAUUUUUCAAUGUUACUAGCUGCUGCCCGGCAUAACCAGGAUCAUCUGACAAACAUCAUUAACGGGAUUCAGCAAACGAUUGCACAGCAAGUUGCCGCCAUUUCAGACUUAGCAAAUACAAUUGAAGGUGAUGCGUCAGGCAUCAACAAACGGGCUACUUUAGAGAAAGUAAAUAAUAUAGACAGAACGUUCACAGAUACAAACACUAAAUCCAGCUUAAUACAAAGUAGUGUAAAUCACAUGAAUGGAAACGUUGAUUCUAUCCUGCAAGUUGCACAGACAGUCAAUGAUAAAACCGAUACUGUAAAGGGAACGACGAACCAAAUUGAACAGAACAUGGAAUCAAUCGGCUCUUCCUUUGAACAUAUUACAGAAAGAAUCGCUUCUACCAGCCAUACCACAAACGAAAUUAAAACGCAAACUGAUUCCAUUCAGAGUUUGGCUUCUGAAACAAACAGGAAAACGGACAUGUUACGAAGUAUGUUCGACAACUUCGCUAGAAUCACUCGACAAACAGUUCAAACGGCCAGAUGUUUGUUUGGAUAGACUUGAACGAUACAGCUGACCAACAUAUUUUAUCUACGAACCAGCCAUUUUCAAAAUUACGAUUUAUUUCUGAAUAUUUACAUACUGCAAAUUAAAUUCAAUAAAUAUCAAA